UUUAUUUAUCAAUGACGUCACGGCUGGACCUGUGGAUCGGACAUGUUGUAGGGUGAAAGUUCCUGAUAGCUCCUCUGCGGCGGGUUUACGGGUGUUUUGGUUGUAGUUUCUGUACUAGUUUAAGGUGAGUGUGUGAUUUAGGCUGGCGGCUGUAGAGCUGAGGCCUGGGAGUGGAGCUGUACAGUCCUGCUGAACCCCGGGCAGGUAUCCGCAGUUACCCAAGCAGCAGCUGCAGGCCCCUCUCUCCCCCUCAGUGCUGGGUCUGCUGAACCCUCAGAGCUCCAGGUUUGAGCAGAUUAUGGAUCUGCCUGAUUCCCGGGGCUGUGUAAGAGUAGUUGUGAGAGCAGGGCAGCAGUGUGUGAGAGGGAGGAAGCGCAGGCUGCAGGCAGGCCCGGCUGUACAGAACUUCAGUAGGAAGUUUAGAUAGACAGCCUCUCCGGUUCCUGAGGGUCUCCAGCAGCAGCAGCAGCAGUCCUGGAUGUGAGGCUGCAGUUAUGAGGCUCAAAGCUGUGGCUCUGUUUUGUGGAUUUCCGUGGCUCUGGCUGAUAAAACUCUGUCAGUCAGCACGGUGGAGUCAACACUGCGACAAUGGAAAGGUAAAGCUGGAGACAGAUCUACCUCAGUCUGAUGAGCUCGCGUGUCCGGAGCCGUGGCCACAGUCACCUCAGAGGCUUGCUGAUCUUUCCACCAAAUACCCCCUACAGCCAGCUGAGCAGAUCUGCAUGAAUAUGACCAUCAAAUAUAAUCAAACCAUCCCCAGCAGUGGGGCUCACAGGCCUGUAGGAGCUCUUAGUGGAGAGUACCUGUACUGCCCCCCUCAGCGCUGGCUUAACAACCUGAAGGAUGGCGCCAUAGUUCUCCUUUACCACCCUUGUGCCUCAGAGAUUGGUCGCAGAGCUCUGGCAGCAACGGCCCACUCCUGCCUUCAUCACUACAUCCUCACAGCUCACCCCCAGCUCAGCCAGCACAGACCUUUUGCCCUGGUGUCCUGGGGUUAUACUCUUGAGAUGUCCCAUGUGACCUCAGCAGGAGUGUGUGACUGGUUGCUCGCAGCUUUCUCCAACUUUAAUCAAACCAAGGAAGGACAAAGGCCAAAGUACAGCCUGUAUUUGACCAAGGCAGCACCUGUGGACAGAGUGCUGGGUACUACUGUAAAGUCUCUGAGAGCAUGCUGUGUGGAGGCUUUGUCUGUAUAUGAGCAAAGUGCUGCAAGAACGAAAUCGAGAAGGAGUCUGGACGCCCACCAAUCCAACAAGAGUGAUGAGGCAAUGCUGUCCCAAAACAGCCCUGCACAGAACAGCUCAGAGUCCAAAAUACUGAACUCUACACACACACAAUCCCUGAACAUUACUGAGGAUAAAGAGGUACCUCCUGAAACCCCUCAUCCUGAGCAACACUCGUACUUCCUCCACACUGCCACGCCAGAAAAACCAGAAGAAAGGACAACAGCUACAUACAGAAUUACAAUGAAAGCACCGUCACCAGACCACGUUAAAGGAGACGCGGCUACAAAAUCCCUUAUAAAGACCCCAGAGUCCGGUCUGUCAUCUCACAAAAAGACUAAACUGAAAGUUCAUAAGCACCGCAUUAAAACCGACACAGAGGAGCAGGGUGGUGAGAGGGGUGGCGGCUGUGGAGCGCCAGGUCAGUGCACAGCUCCAAACACAGCAGCUCCAAAGAAAAGUGGACCUCUGCAGAGCCACAGGAUGCCCACAGCGCGAACUGAUGAGGCGGUGUGGGCCGCUGCUGCGCUGGGCUUCCUCUUAGUGCUGCUCACGCUCUCUGUGCUCCACACGCGCCUGUACCGCAACUGGCGCACACCACCCAGCCUGUACUGGCGCGAGACCCAGCAGGACUAUGAGAGCGUGGCAGAUAUUAUUCGGAGGAGACUGAGGAUGGUGGGAAGGAGGAAGAGGAGAUCCAGUCAGAGCAGAAGACAAGAGUGCCCUCUUCUGCCUGACUCCAGCACUGACAAUGAUUCAGACUGAACCACACAGUGUAUCAGAGUGUUUAUGGAACUGACUGACCCAGUCCACUGUACUGGACAAUCUGUGGGACUUUUCUUUAUUCCACUAUGUUUACCUGAGAUCUGCCUUCACAUGUUUAUCAGCACUGCUGGUCCAUAUUCAACAUAUGCAAGCAUGCAGGACCACACAGGAUUUACAUACAUGUCUUUCACAAAGCGUCUUCAGUAGCAUGCUCACCCACCAAUAUUCUGACUUGAAUUCAAGCUUUACUUUAUUUACGUGUUUAAUGCUGAAUCCUGACUGAAGAGCUGAACAUUUUUGAAUAACAUGUUCAUGGUACAUUUAA